AUGCCGGCAUUCCUGAGAUCCACCAAGCCCAGUGCUGCGGCGCUAGCCAUGCCUCCGCCACUGCCAAAACCGCAACUACCUCCAACACACCAGACUGCAACUUCCAGCAAAGAUGCACCGGAUGCCUCAGCCAGCUCGGCAGCCAACCUUACGCAGCAGUCGCUCGAUGUGCUCCACCAAUUCCUCGCCUACGCCGACCCAGACUCUGCGAGUCUGCUUCCGCCUGCCUCCCGCACCCCCACCAACGCAGCCGAACCGUCCACACCGUCCGAACCAGAGACGCCGAUACCCGAAUGGAACGUGCUCUAUACCACCACCGCGCCCGCCACCACGCCGGGCGGCUUUGCAUCCUCCAUCACCGUGCGCGCGCAUCCCGACCCCAACCGCUACCUCUUCAGCGUGCAGUCGGUGCUGCCCGGCAUCACCGCGCGCCAGUUCUGGUCGCUCAUGGCCAGCGCAGAGAACCGCAAGCUCUGGGACAACACCGUCGAGGAAGGUGCGGUCAAAAGAUGGCUGGCGCGCGAACCGCGCCCCUCGUCGCCAGACGCCGACGCCGCAUCAGCGUCCAGCGAGACUGCACAGGCUGUAGCCGCACGCGUCGAGCUGCUGCGCUUCGGCAGCAUCUUUAUGGUCGCCAAGGCGCGCGACAUGGUCCUGCUCAGCGUCGAUGCUCGUCUGCCCUCCAAGCCGCGUUCUGAAGCAGGGGCGGCGCCGCUCCGACUCGUAUCCACCUCGCAGAGCAUCGUCGACCCAAGCCUACCGCCGCGCAAGGGGUACACGCGCUUCGAGCUGCGUACCGGUGGAUUCAUGGUAGAGGAUCUCGGUGACGACGGCGUGCCGGACUCGUACGCCGCUCACCCGUCCGAGCUGGGCAAAAGCCCCUCGUCGGCUACAUCCGCCAGGGGCUCGCAUCUGCGCAAGGGUCUGCUCGCACUCGGUCGCAGAGGCAGGUCGAACUCGGGCAGCAGUUCGGGCAGCAGGCAUGUGCGAGAUGCCUCGGAUACGGCCGAGGCGCACGCGGCGCCUGCGCCCAUCCGCGAUGCGCGCGGACCCGCGGUGAGGAUCACCCAGGUCUCGGACCUCGGCGAGAUGGCAGCAUGGGUGCCGGCAUCUGUGAUCAAGAUGGUCGCGUCUACGCUCGUGCCUCGCAGCAUCGCGUCGGUGGCCAAGGUGGCCAAGACCAUGCCCGUGUCGCCCGCGCUGUACAGAGACUACUACCCGGGGCCCUCGAACGAGGCGGCGGCGUCGGAACAGCUCGGUCAGGGCGGUGCCACCUGGUACAGGCAUCGCACGCUGCCGGCCAUGGUCGGCGAAGGAUGCCUCGGCCGCUCGCGCCCCGCGCCGCCAGCAGGCGAUGUGGAGGCCUCGCCGUCAUUGCGACUGUCGGACGUGCCCGAAGCGGUUCCAGCGGUUGAGUCCAUUGACGCUCCCGCUGAAGCAGCCAUACAGGCAACGAGUGGCAAGGAGAACAUCGCGCCGGGCCCAGUGAGCUCGAGUGGCAUCACUGGACCAGGUGCGUCGCCGCAGCCAAAGAGUCCCUUGCCGCCUCGUACGUCGUCUCUGCCUGGUACGCCUGUGCUCGACCGCACCGCGCCGUCGUUUCCGGGCUCGCCGAACAAGCCCACGAGCCCGGGCAGUCCGUUGGCGCGUCCAGCGAUGCUGCUCGACCUGCAGAGUCUAGCGCCACCUUCGUUCCCGCGACUGGCGCGCAGGGGCGGCGUGGGGAGCUCGCCGGCGGCGUCGCCGGGCAUGGACACGAGCACCGACUCGGAGCUCGGGGUGGACGAGGCCAUGUCGUGCUCGGUGUCGUCGCUGACUUCGUCGGCGCCGCUGUCGCCGGGACGCGUGCGCAGGCGCCUGGUGGGCAUGACGCCGUCCGAGGGCACCGAGACUGUGCCCGGCUCGGUGGCGGACGAGUUCGAAGAGUCCGGUCGCGGCGACUACCUGUCCAAGGGCAGGGACCACCCGCUCUACGGCCUCGCCGCCAAGGACUUUAAGCGCGCCACGCUGAACUUGGCGGCGGGGGAGCAGCAGGAGGUGCUCAACGACGAUGACGAGGGCGAUGUGACUCUGCGCGCGGUGGGGUCGCCAGCUAGGUCAGAGUUGGCCAUGAGUCCGGCGCAGAAGCGGUCGCGGCUGUUGUCGAACGAGUACUUUGCCGCGCAUGUCGAGACGAGGAGGCAGCGCAGUGAGGGGUCGACGCGCGGAAGUGCCAAGGCGCCCGAAUUGGACAGCAAGAUGCGCCGGCUCUCUUCGGCGCUGUAUGCCGAGAUGGAGCGGCGACAACGGUCGUCUGGCUUUUCGCCGCGAUCGCCGCCUGCUGCGCUGCCGAAGGUGGCGAGCGUGGAUGCGGGCGCGAAUCUGGUGGCGCUGUUGGCGGAUGCGCUGGCCGAGUCGCUGCCGUAUAUGCCGGACGAGGUGCAGGUGAAGGAGCAGGCGCGCCGCGUGAGUGCCAUGCUUCUUGCUGGAUCGGAUGCCUUGGCUCUCAGUCUGGCACCGGGGGCGAGGGAGAGUUUGGGUCUGCAGUUGGAUGGGCUUAGUACGCCGAGUGAGCGGUCGGAACCGCCGACGCCGCGCGAUUCGGCCACGGACAGCAUAAACAGCACGCGCAGCUCGGUGCGCCAACCAGCUACCGGCAGGUAUGCUGAGCUCGGUAUACGCACCGGUGGGGAGAGGAGCAGAAAGGUAUCGGUGACAAAAGACGCACGUGCGAUCUCGGUGUCGCGCUCCACGGCACAGGUACGAACUACUACGCAUAGCGUCGUUUCGGUCCAUUCGAUCAGCCCCCCACCCUCGGUGUCUACUGCAGCUACAUCGCUAUCCACCGCCUCCGGCUCCGCAGUAGCCGUCAGCGCACUACGCGCACUGGAACGUCCACCCUCCAGCGGGGGAGCAUAUGGCCUGCUCUCCACCCUCGCGUACUAUACACCGUACGCCUUCAAGCCUGCUCCUGCCCAACCACAGCAGCCCGUGGUGCGCACAAGGAUCCCAGCCCACCACUCGGUGGGCAGAAGACGCACGCGCGCCAAUUACAGCCUCGACUCCAACUCGAAGCUCGCUCCCUUCCCCGGAAGCGCCCGCCUCGCCCUCCCGCCUCCUCUCGCCGGCUCCGGCAAAGGCCCCAUGCUCCAGAAUCCGCCAAACGAAGAGUGGGUGGAUGAAGAUUAG